ACACUUGUCAGUGCCGGUGUGUAGUUAGUGAAGGAAAAGUGUGCGUGCUCCGCGAAAAACAAAUAAAUCACUAAGGAAUCAAGGCUGGUUUUUGAUUUGGAAGGCCUUUCUAUCAAAAUUUCGUCUGGUGCGCGAACUGUUGGGACAAGAGGAGCCGGAGGAGCAGCAGCUUGUCGGUGGGGAGCAAAAUCAAAACGCACGAGCACGCAAAGCGCGACGUGAUUAAAUAAAUUACACACACCCACACACACACACACACACUAACACAUACAUACAUACCCAAACAACCUAUAUAAGUCGAAGAACCGCCAAGAUGAACAUACGCUGCGCCAAGCCCGAAGACCUCAUGACCAUGCAGCACUGCAAUCUGCUUUGCCUGCCGGAGAACUAUCAGAUGAAAUACUAUUUCUAUCACGGCCUGACCUGGCCCCAGCUGAGCUACGUGGCGGAGGAUGACAAGGGCGGCAUCGUGGGCUAUGUGCUGGCGAAAAUGGAGGAGCCCGAACCUGGGGAGGAGAGCAAACACGGACACAUUACCUCGCUGGCGGUGAAGCGUUCCUAUCGUCGUCUCGGCCUGGCCCAGAAGCUGAUGAAUCAGGCCUCGCAGGCCAUGGUCGAGUGUUUCAAUGCCCAAUACGUCUCGUUGCACGUACGCAAAAGCAAUCGCGCCGCGCUCAAUCUGUACACAAACUCGCUCAAGUUCAAGAUCAUCGAGGUGGAGCCGAAGUACUAUGCGGAUGGCGAGGAUGCCUACGCCAUGCGCCGCGAUCUGUGUGAAUUCGCCGAUGACGACAAGCCGAAGAUCAAGGAGGGCGGCGACGAGCACUCCUCCACUGAGAACAAACACACACACCGGGGCGGCGCACACAAUCACAGCGGUCACGAUGGUCAUUGCUGUUAAACGGGAAAAACCAUAAGAAGAGGAGGACAGGAAAACACAAUAAGGAAAAUGCAUGCGGCGGUGUUGUGCAUUUCAUAGUUGCAUUUUAGUGCAUUAGGUUUUGUAUUUAUGUAAUAAAGGCAUAAAACGCAAUUAAAUUAAAAGGAAAUGACAAAAA